AUGAUUGAAGACAUUCAGGACUUCACCAUGGCCCCGCCAUCCCCGAACCCAGAAAAGCCACUGACAAUUUGGCCAGUCCACAUCGAAGUACGCAUACUCCCAUCGGCGACCUCGCGCUUCGACACGAUCCGCAACACCGUCCAUACGUACCUCACAUCCUCCCUCUCGCACAUCUACCUGCCUUCCACCAUCCAAGGCUGGGAAGACGUCCCCCUCCUCGCAUCCUCAGUUAGCCGCAUAGUUGCUUCAGAGUCUCCAUGCCCCUCUGCCUCCCUCCCAAUAGAGCAGACCGCGCUGCAGAUCCACGUGUACCAGCCGUCCGACGCGGCCGCGUUCGAGGAGCUGGCGAAUGGGGGCCCUCGGAGCGACGGCGAGGAGGUCAUGGCAGCGACAGUGUGCGAGCUGCCGAGCCUCUCUUGGGAAGGGCUGUGGGAGAGCCUCAUCUACUCGGACGACAUCAAGUCCCGUCUGCUCGAUUAUAUCUACGCCACUGUGGUCUUCAGCGAUGCAGACGUGGACUUCAAUGUCGUCUCGUGGAACCGUGUCGUCCUACUGCAUGGCCCCCCAGGGACGGGCAAGACGUCCCUUUGUCGUGCGCUCGCACAAAAGCUCUCCAUCCGCCUAUCCCACAGAUAUUCCAACGCGCGUUUGUUGGAAAUCAACUCGCAUUCCCUGUUCUCCCGGUGGUUCUCGGAGUCGGGAAAGCUGGUGCAACGACUGUUCAGCAGCGUGAUGGACAUGGUCGAGGACGAAGAGAUGUUCGUCAUCGUCCUCAUUGAUGAAGUUGAGUCACUGACGGCAGCUCGAGCGGGGGCUAUGGCCGGGACAGAACCGUCUGAUGCACUUCGAGUCGUCAACGCGCUCCUUACCCAGCUGGAUAAGCUCAAGCAUAAGAAGAACGUCCUCGUUAUGUCCACGAGUAACCUCGCGAAAGCUAUCGACUCUGCAUUCGUCGACCGUGCUGAUAUCGUGCAAUACGUUGACCUCCCGCCCCGUGAGGCGAUAUACGAGAUCCUACGCACUUGUCUGUCUGAGCUGAUCGGGAAGGGGAUUGUAGCGGAUGUCGAAGUCCCAAGCCUAGCUCAGGCCCAACUCUACGAACGCACCGCUGAUUUCUCCGAUCCCUCCUCCAUGACCCCCGCCUUCCGCCUUCCCAAUUCCCAGCCGACCUCCCAUCCAUCUUCCCAGCAAUCUCAACCGGGGUCCGAACACGCACAUCCCCAGACGAACGGGCACGCGUCCGCACGCGAUUCGCCAGAAAGGUCCAAGAACGUCGCACUCAGGCUGUUCGCGCUCGCGCAAAAGUGUCGCACACAGGGGAUGUCCGGCCGCUCCUUGCGCCGCCUGCCCGUCCUCGCACAUGCGCGCCACAUCGGGACCCUCCCAGUACCCGCGCCGAGCAGGCCCGCGCACGCGAACGGCGAGAAGGCGCGGAAGAGGGCCGGGGUGGCGACCGAGUACCGCGGCACUGCGACGCCCGUGGAGGUGUGGCUCGGCGCGAUGGAGCGCGUCGUCGAGGAUCAGGUGGCAGAGAGGGACCAUCUCGAGCGGACACAGUGA